UGAGAGUAUGUGUCUGUGUGUGUGCGUGUGUGCGUGUUUGUGUGUGUGUCACCAAAAGAGAAACCUACUUCCCCACAAGCUGAAUAAGAAGUGACGGUUACUUAAGUAACAAGCUAAUAAGCCGACCCUGCCCUUAAUUCCUGAGGCAGGCUUGGUAUGUCCAAACCUCACAUCCGCAGUAGAACAUAGUGAAGUUUGCCGUCCCAGGACCAUAUCUCCCGAAUGAUUAUAUGACCUUCUCUCCCUUAGCUUCUCUGAGCGAUACCGGCAGUGAUCCUCAAAUGUUGCUGGGUCUUGAGCAGGCAAAUUGCCAUUGCAGAUUUCCCAGAAAAUUGAUUCCUCAAGUUCACACAUGACACGAUGCAGGAAAUCUUGCAGGGGAAACGAUUGAUCACACGUCCCCCAUAUCCUCCCCUCCUGAUCGGUCAGGAUCUUCUGAGGUUCCUCCCGGGUCUUCCCCACUGCCCCCUGCCCUUCUUCAACCUUCGUCAGCGGCGCGGCGGCGGCGGCAGCAGCCAUGAACUGGUCCUCCCUGGAGGGGCUCAUCAGCGGGGUCAACCAGUACUCCACGGGCUUCGGCCGCAUCUGGCUCUCCAUGGUCUUCAUCUUCCGCGUGAUGGUGUUCGUGGUGGCCGCGCAGCGCGUGUGGGGCGACGAGAACAAGGACUUUGUGUGCAACACCGUCCAGCCGGGCUGCAACAACGUGUGCUACGACAGCAUCUUCCCCAUCUCCCACAUCCGCCUGUGGGCCAUGCAGCUCAUCUUCGUCACCUGCCCGUCGCUGAUGGUGGUGGGCCACGUGGAGUACCGCAAGAAGAAAGACCUGCAGUACACCACCUCUCACGAGGGCCAUCACCUCUACGCCAACCCGGGGAAGAAGCGCGGGGGGCUUUGGUGGACGUAUCUGCUCAGUCUGAUCUUCAAGGCAGGAUUCGACGCCGCCUUCCUCUACAUCCUCUACUACAUCUACGAGGGCUACGACAUGCCCCGCCUCUCGAAGUGCAACCUGGCGCCCUGCCCCAACGUGGUUGACUGCUACAUCUCCCGGCCCACCGAGAAGAAGAUCUUUACCCUGUUCAUGGUGAUCUCCUCCAGCUUGUGCGUGCUCAUGUGCAUCUGUGAGAUGGUGUACCUCAUCUUCAAGCGCAUCCAGAAGCUACUGGUGAAGAAGAGGGAGGCGGACAGUAGGUUGUUCGCCGAACGGCACGAGAUGAAGCCGCUGGCCCGGCCGCGGUCGGACUUCAGGUCGAAGAUGUCCAUCCGGGUGGACCCCACAAACACGGCGUCCAUACAGAACCUGAGCAACACAAAACGAGAGGAGGCGCCCCCUAAGAAAAAGUGAAGAGGAGGACGAGGAAGGGAGGGAGAGGCCAUGGAAGAGAGCGAAUGAGUCAGGGAGCUGCUGUGCAGCCAUGAGGUUAACUUUGAGCAGACUCUGUCGAGGAGAUUUCAAAACAAACUCAGAAAACUCUGAAAAUCUUCCGCCCAAACUUUGUCCAUUAAUGUCAUGCUAAAUGAUAUAGAAUACAUGAAAAAUUAAACACUGCACUCAAAGAAAUGAAGGGGAUAAUAAAAGGGAAUGAAAUGGGAAAAAAAUAUUUUAACCCCAUCAUUCAUUGUUGGAAAGGUUUGGUAGUUAUCUGCAAACAAAAGGAUUGCUUGUUUGAAAAUUACUAUUCUUGUAAAUAUAAUUUUAUAUUUCGUUUCUAUGUGUAUACCAAGGUUAUGUAACAAGUGUAUCCAAUUGAAUAUUUUCUUAAAAGAUACACACUGCCCCCUAACGGUGAAAUAAGAUACAGCACAAUAAUAAUUGUUUCAUUUUAUAUUUGACUAUAUAAAAAAGAAAGUAUAUAUUUAUAUUGACUCAAAUAAAAUCAGUAGCCUAAA